AUGGCGGUGUACAAGAUAGCGAAGACGAUGGAGUUUGAAAAUGAAAAUUGUGUCUUGUUGGACGAAGUAUUAGAACGAUACGGUAUUGAUGCUGAACAAGCGCCGGCAGUAGUAAGUUUCCUCAGUGCCUACACAACCAAUAAGGAAUUGAAACCAUCAACGACCGAUGAAUCUAACGCGAACGAUUCCAUCAGCAUCAACACCAUUGACUUGGACAACGAAAUUACCCAUAAAGAGAUCUUUGUCGAAGAAAACACCGAUACCACCUGUGCGUCUAACAGAUCUAAGUAUGAAGAAUUUACUCCAAAACUGCUACAACAGGUACUUCGAGAAAGCGUGGUGGGGAAUGCUAUAGUAGAAAGUAGCUGUUUGGGACAGCUGUCUGAACGGAGACAGCUUGAACUCUCUCAAAUCAUUGCCGAAUGGCACUUGAAUAAUAGAAGCAAACUACAGGAGACGGACAUAAAAAUAUAUACGCGAGCAAUAAUAACAUUGUUCGAAUUCGAAAAAGAGGAUUCUUACUAUUUACCAAGGGGCGGAGAUAAGAAAAAUUUGGGAGGAAAAAUAUAUAAUAAGGUGAAUACGAUUAAAACCAAGUUAAGGAAACGAGCUAAGGAGGAAGAGGCAUACUCGAAGCGAUUGAAAUUAGAUAAAAAUAUCCACAUUGAAUCCGACGAUCUCCAACGAAACUGUAUUGAAGCGCGCAGGUGGUUAGCGAAGAAUAAUCAGCCUUGGUCAACAGUCAUUGACAAGUGGACAGAAAGUUUUUACUUUAGAAAAUCUAUUCUUGCAAAGCCGACUACAGUACAAUCUCUAACUAAAGCGGAGUUAUGGAGACAUGUUACUUCAGAACACGGCUAUCAGUUGAUUGAUAUCGAUUUUCAACUAUUGGGACUUGGUAACGAUGACGGCAUGGAAAAAUGGUCAAACAUUCUGGUUACAAUUCAAACAUAUCUGCUACAACGUGUAACAAACGAACAUUUUUCAGCGUUACAAGAAUGCAUGAGUGAUGAAAAAUUUAGUGAAGAUAUUAGGCUGUGUGCUCUUAUAUUGCUUCUAAAUUGUGUACUACAUCCACAAAAAGUUACCGGUAACUACAAACCGACUGUGAUCAAUGGACUGGAAGAAUCAAUUCUUUUCGUAUCAACGAAUGAAGAUGCUGUGAACAAAAUUCAAGAGCUGUACCGUCGUUAUAGUGAUUUUUCUUUACCCGCGUCACCGAAACUCGUCUUUUUUGGAACUAACUAUAAGUCCCUAACUGGGGUAUAUCGUGUAUAUUACGGAGAUCUGUACUACACAUUACCGUCAGUAGCAAGAGCUGUGGAUGUUCUUAUAAAAUUUACGGCUGUUUUGGGACUAAAGCAUUCAAAAAUCUCAUAUCUGGUUUGGCUAUUUAUCUCACGACACGUGUAUGAAAUUCGACGACCAGAAAGAUACGCUAGCAUCGACAGAUUGGAAUCGUUCCUGAAUGCGACAAUUGAACAUGACGGCAAAUCCAGAAAUUAA